AUGGUGCGAUUCGCUCUCGAAAUCGCCCUCUCAACACUCUCGCCGCUGGCACUCUCGCCGCUGGCACUCUCGCCGCUGGCACUCUCGCCGCUGGCACUCUCGCCGCUGGCGGUCUGCUCUCCCGUUCAUGGCACUCACGGAGCUCCCGUCGUCAAGACGAGCGCUUUCGCUGUCCAAGGAACGAUAUGGCCAAACAAUUCCGCCGUGAACUUCUUCGGCAACUUUCCCUACGCCGAGCCACCGGUUGGAGAACUUCGCUUCCGGCCCCCAGUCACUAAGGCUCCAAUGUCUGAACUUAUCAAUGGCUCCUGGUUCGGCCCCUCAUGUAUUCAGUAUAGCAACGGGCAGCCGACAGUGUACACUGAGUACCUGAAUGGAUUUCUUCUCACUCCAGGACAGCCAACUAGUGAAGGUCAGCAAGCUCGGUGAUCUCUUCUUGUCAUUCGUGCUGAUGAAGGGCUCAGGUUGCCUCACAGUCAACGUAUGGACACCGAAGAAUGCCUCUCAAAGCGAGAAGCUCCCAGUCAUGAUUUGGAUCCACGGUGGUGGCUUUACGUCGGGCGGUGCAGCAAGUCCAUACAAAUACGGCGAUCGUCUCGCUGCUGACCAAAAUGUCAUCGUCGUUGCCAUGAAGUACGCUCCUGUGGCACUUUGGAUGGAUUGAAGCUGACAACGUCCUCCAGCUAUCGCCUGAACAUCUUCGGGUUCCCAGCGGCAGAAGCUCUCAACGGCCGAAAUCUCAAUCCAGGCUUGAUGGAUGUGAGGAAAGCCGUCGAAUGGACGUAUAACCACAUUCACGCAUUCGGAGCAGAUCCAGAACAGAUGACCUUGUUCGGUCAAUCCGUAAGAAGAUUUCCCGCCACCCGUUCAGAUUGCAAGCUGUUGAUUCCCAUACCAGGCUGGCGGCAUGUCCGUGGAUAUGUAUUCGUAUGCCUAUCCGUUUGAUCCUCUGGUGAAAGCCUUCAUCCCGCACUCUGGAGUAGCUCCCAACGAGACAUACGACCCAUUGGGAUUCAUUUUCACCUACGUCGCUUCCCAAGUUGGAUGUGGGAAUACCACUUCCGCAGAUGCUGAAUUCGAGUGCAUGCAAAAGGCCGACGCCAGGUCCAUCAUACACGUGUACAACGAGUACAACGCUACUCUGAACGGUGGCAAAUCCCUGUCCUUCGGUCCAUCAGCAGACAACCAGACUGCGUUCUCCGACUAUGCAGAUCUGCAAAAUCGGGGCCUCUUUGCGCGACUGCCUACCCUCUACGCCCAGGUCAACGACGAAGGGACAUCUCUCGUCACCUACCAUGAAGCCGGCAUCAAUCAAACCGCGGCCGAUGCAACGACAGCCUCACUCGCAACUUGCCCCGGCAAUACUGCCGCAGCCGCCAAAGCAUCAUUCGGAGUACCAGUCUGGCGGACAAGAUAUUUCGGCGUCUGGCCUAACAACUUGAAUCCUUUGUCCUGGCUGGGCUCCUAUCACUCGAGUGAUUUGCCCAUGGUAUUUGGGACUUCGGAUCUGCUUGCGCCUGAUACGCCUGCCGAGGAAGCCACUUCGAAAUACAUGCAGAGCGCUUGGGCAGCUUUUGCAAAGGAUCCUGUGAAUGGGUUGAAAGCGUACGGGUGGCCGAUGUACGAACGCAGUGCUGCGAAGACGUUGGUGGAAUUGGGUGGUGUCAAGGGGAGCUCCACAGCAGUCUUGGUCGCCGGGGAUGCUUUUGACGGUAUGUGCUGA